UCUAUAGUACAAAGUUAUGUUUGAUAUCAUCAGUUUUAUCUCAUGCAGAAAUGUGUUUUGAAAUGACAAUGAAAGGUAAGUGUCCCACUGGUAAUCUAACUGAUCAUUUACUAUUGCAGGAAAUGCUGGCAGAACUUUCCUCUGUAGAUGACAGUUUCAGCAAGAAGGAAGCGAAGCUGCUCAGAAUGAUGGAGUCUAUAGAGAGGAUUACAGCCAAUGUGGAGGCUAUUAGUGAAGAGGAACAGAAGAGAAGAGACGCUGAGGUAAGUUGGUUACUGUUUGUGCCGGCGAUGGUCGUGCCUGACAGUUGGCUCUUCUUCAUAUUGUUGACCUUGGGAAGUGAGGUUCCAACUGCUCUAGUAACUGUGUAUCUUCUAUUGCAGCGUCUCCUGUCUCGUACCACUUCUUCAGAGGGACAAAUAGAAAGCUUUCUGAACAGCAUGAAAGUUGACAAGACUAAAAUCUCCUCAUACAUGUUCUACCUAUUGCUAUUACUGCUGGGUGCUUUGAGCUUCUCCCUGUAUCUGAAUAGAAAGUUGGGAAAGAAGCUGAACAAGGAUGUUCCCCAUGCCAGAGAAGAGAAGCAAAGUGUAGGAAUUCAGACUUACUUCCAAAAGGUCCGUGCACCCCCAGUGGUCCAGGAUCUUUUGAUGGAGGUAAGUGAGGAUGAAUAUGCUUCAGAGGAUAUUUCUGAUGGUUCUUUCUCCAUACCAGAAGCCAAGAAAACCAAAAAGAAAAGGUUUGGCUUCAAUGUGCGCAAAUGUUUCUGCCACUGUAUAAAAUGGAGAAACAAGAAGAGAAGCAAAACUAUUGAUUCUGAGAAAGAGAAUGAGACGUCAGAUGAAGGUGAAGAUCUUUUAGCCACGAGGCCCAAAAAGAAACGUUUUGGGCUUAAUGUGCGAAAAAGUUUCUUCCGUUGCUUAAAACGAAGAAACAAGAAGAAAAAGAAAAGUCUAACCUUGCCUGACCUUGAGACAUCUGAGGAGAGUGAGGGAAACCUGGAUGAGAGUUUGGAUGUAACUGAGGAAAGUUAUGAAGAAACAUCCAGUGUAAGCACUGAAAUAACCGACGAUACAUCGUAUGAAACAGUAGAAAGUGAGCCCAUAAAUAUAACGGCAGGGAGAAAGAAGAAGCGAGGCUUUAACAUUCUUCUUUGCUGUAAGGAAUGUAAAACCUUGGGCUCUGAAACCAGAGAAACCACCAAGGGGAAAAAGAAACGCCUCGGGCUUAAACUUAGGAAAUGUUUCUACUGCUAUAAACUAGCAAGGAACAAGGGAAGUCAUAGAAAUAAGAAACGGUUAUGGCAAUGGCGCCAACCGUCAGAUGGAGAAGAGGAAAGUCUCUAUGAGACGCCUGAUGAGGUCUCCAUUGCAAGCAAUGACACAACAGAUGGGACUUCCUAUGAGACUAUAGAGAGUGAUGAGUCCGUGUAUGUACUAGCCAGGGAAAAGAAGCACAGAGGCUUUAGAAUUCUUUACUGGAAGGAAAAACAUAAAGAGGAAAAAGCUAAGAGGGACAAAAAGAAACCAUUAGGAUUUAAAGUUGGCAAAUACUUCCACCGCCGGUCUUAAAAAACUCAACGAUAGAGGAAAAAGAAGAGAAAAUGAAGACAUAAAGUAAAAAGAACUCAGUCAGAGGUGUCAGAAUGAUCCCCAGGGGGGAGGGAAGGGACCACCAGUGACAGGAGGCAGGAGGACAUGGAAGGAAGGAUGGAGUCACUGGUGGGAGGAGUCAUCCCUGUUAGAGGGAGUGGGAUGACCCCUGGGGUCAUUCAGAGGUGGAAAAGAACUACUAGUGACACUCACUCACACACGUUACCCUACUGCACUCAGGUCGCCUCUGGGUGCCGGCCAACAAGGUUCCUUGAAUCACAGUAUAGAAGAGAAAUGCAGCAACUUCCGGAUCUAAUCCCAUAAAAGUAUUAUUUAUUGGUA